AUGUCAGAACCAGAAGAGGUCAUCGAGAGACCAGAUACAGUCAUUGUCAAUCCUCCUACAUGUGAGUAUCACACAAUUAUGCCAUUUGCAUUUUUGACGUCGGUAAAGGAGUGUGAACGAAUCCACAAUGCGCUACUUAUCUCCAAUCAAUCAUUCAAAACUGACCUUAAAGCAGUCUGGAUUCAUUGCGGGCUAGUGGUUUGCUCAGAUGGCGGUGCUAAUCGACUACACGAUUACUUUUCCAACGAUAAGGAGAGAGAGGAUUACUUGCCAAAUUAUAUAGUGGGAGACUUUGAUUCAUUAAGAGACGAUGUCAAAAGCUUUUACCAAUCAAGAGGAGUCAAGAUUAUACAACAGUAUGGCCAAUAUAGUAAUGACUUUCAAAAAUCAAUACGGUGCAUACAGUUGCACUUUUUACUUUCGGAACAGGGUAAAGCAUGGCCUCAUAUCGAUAAAGAUGAUGGGUUAAGGGAGAUUUGGGAGAACGAAAUAGGAGGCACCAGCAAUAUACAAAUCCACGUCUACGCCUUGUCAGUAAUUGGAGGAAGAUUCGACCAAACCAUUCAAUCGAUCAACCAGCUUUAUAUUCUCCAUCAAAAGGAACCCAAUUUGCACGUAUUUUUCAUAACCAACGAUGAUUUAAUUUUCCUAUUGUACAAAGGGGUCAACUAUGUAUCGUAUCCGAAUCGGGCAAUUUUCUGCAAAGAUACUCUGUCACCUCCAUUGUGUGGGUUAUUACCUCUUGGGGACAAACCUGUGGUUUUAAAUAGUUUUGGGUUUCGAUAUGAUGUGAAGAACUGGGUAACACAGAUUAUGGGUAAGAUCAGCUCUUCGAAUCGAGUUGCUGUCAACCAGUCAACGAUUAGGUUUGCGUCGCUGUAUAUACCACCAAGAUCACCGGUACUAUCAUCACUAGCACCACUUUCAUUUGCAUCAUCAAAGCCAACCUCAAUUUUGCAAACACCAAACUUGAUACCUAGGACUAAUGAAGUCACUUUGAAGUUGCCUAGUCUAACACAAUCGUCGUCAUUUCCAUCUCCACACCCCGUAAAGGAGCAACACAUUGCCAUUGAAGUUGAAAUAGUAGGUGACGAAAUUAAAUUCGAAAUCGUUGAUGCUGGAGACAGCAGUAACACGAUGCAUGCUGAUUCAGUUUUACGUAAGAGAAGGUUGAAGAUGAAGAAGCACAAGUAUAAGAAAAGAAGAAAGGCUCAACGUGCUUUGAGAAAGAGAUUGGGUAAGUAG